CUCCGUUGACUCCUGCGGUGAGAACUUCCAAGAGAGGCGCUGAUCCGAAGAAGUGCUCCUGCAUCCCCAUCAAAAACGUCCGAUUUGAGAAAAAACGAGGCGCAGGCAGGUUUCGUUGGAAUUAUUAAAUUCGGCUAUUGUAUGAAAAUGUUUUCGAACAUGUGGAAGCGGUGUACUUUAGUUUUAGCUUUUUGUAUGAUGAUCCUGGAGUCAGGUGAUUUCAAAAGAAUUCCUAACUGGCAUUUGAAAUUAGCCCAAAGUCAAGGGCCGAACACAUGCGCCGUGGAAGAAGUGCCGGGUACCAACCAGAAGUACUGGACGGAAUGCAAGUACUGGAUGAAUAGAGAGAUUUGCGGAGUUAAAACUGUCCUUCGAUACGAAUGCUGCGAAGGAUUCCAUCAAGUUGGGAGAAAUGGUGGCUGCAUGGGCGUGAAGCCUAUGACGGACGUAGUUAGGACAGCUCGGGAUUUGGGAGCCACAGUUUUCGUAGACUACCUCAACGAAGCUGGUUUGACGGAGCGGCUGAGAAGACCCGGGGAAGUCAUCACCCUCUUCGCACCCACCAACGAAGCUUUCGAGCAAUUGAGCCCUGCCGACCAGGAAUCCUUGAGGGUGAGCUUAUUGGAGAGGGAGUCCCCAUUCCUCCUGAACCACGUGGUCAGCGGCAGGAAGUUACAUUCCAAAGACUUUCGAGGGGAGCAGGAGGUCGAGACACUGAAUAAUGGGGCAAAGCUGCGCAUCAACAAGUACAACCACGGGAUGACUUCCGUGAACUGUGCCCCCAUGGUGCGCCGUGACCAGCAGGCUACAAACGGCAUCGUCCACCUGAUCGACAAAGUUCUGGUACCUGCACCUGCCAAUGGGGCCCCCACCCUUGCCGAAGCCCUCUUCACCGACAGCCGCUUCCGGGAGCUGUCUCAGAUGAUGCUUCGUUCCAAUUACGUGAACGAGUUGAGGGGAGGUGGUCCCUUUACCGUUUUCGCCCCGGACGAUGAAGCUUUCCAGAGUAUCAGUGCUGAAGAGAUGGAUCGAAUCACCGGUGAUCCAGAAGCUAGGCUGGCCGUCCUGAAACACCACAUCAUCCCCCACACGGUGUGUCUUCCGGCCGUCAUCGACACCCACAAGAUGAAGAGCGUGGACGGAGAGCGCUUGGAACUCUCCUGCAACCAAUCAGGGGUGUACGUGGAGGGGGCGAAAGUGGCUCGAGACCAGAUCAUAGCGCAGAAUGGCGUCAUCAGCGUCAUCUCCAAAGUACUGAUUCCUGACAGAGCACGCAGUGUGAUGUCCUUGUUGAUAGGUCGUCCACAGGUUUCUACAUUCAAUCGUCUGCUGAAGAAGUCCGGAGUAGAAUCGUAUCUCAACAAACCCAACAUCACUGUGACUGUAUUCGCUCCCUCCAAUUUCGCCUUCAACCAGAUGCCGGAGGAGGAAUUCUCUCUACUCGACGAAGACCAGAGGAAACUGGAGGAACUGAUGAAACAUCACGUGGUGGUGGGCCGAGUGAAGACAGAUACUGUAUCGGAUGAUCAGAAAGUGGAAUCUGUCGACGGACAAAACAGCCUCAGACUCAAAGUUUACAGGAAUGAGAUCGGAGUGGAAUCGGCCAUCGUGGAAGAGUCGGACAUCGAGGGCCAGAACGGCGUCAUCCACAUCGUCAAUAAGGUUCUCACACCCCCUAGUCACAGCAUCAUGGAAUUGCUCCAAAGCAAAGAGGAAUACAGCACCAUGGCGGACGCCAUCCACCACAUCCAGGAGUACGAGCCGAACUUCCUCAACUCCAUCACCAACCACUCGGUCACCAUCUUCGCCCCCACCAACAAGGCUUUCGAGGAGCUCGGCGAGGACAACCUGCAUGCCCUCAUGAAGAACAGGAGGAAGCUGAAAAGGAUGGUCCAAAACCACGUUGUGGACAACAUGUUCGCGACGGGCUCCAUCCACACGAAGCUACAGUACAACGUCAAGACGGAGUACCAGACGGUGAAGGUGCACAAAGAGAAGGACGGCCUCAUGGUGAACUCCGCGCACGUCAUCGAGCCCGACGUCGUCACGAAGGAAGGGAUCGUCCACUGCAUAGACCAGGUGCUGGUGCCCGAGAGGAGGAGGAGGAAGUCCUGAAGCAAUCGUACCUUCCGUUGAAGGAAGUGGACUCGCCCAGGAACGAUCCUAUCAUUGACAUUUGAUAAAAAGUUAAUGCUUAGAUGUGUCAUCCCUCGAAAUCGAAUCACAUUUUGAUCAUGUAAUAUAAAUUAAGGUACUGAAUCAUUAGUGGAUUUAUUAUACGUAAAAAGAAUAUAUAAUUACUUUCUAUGGUAAGUCUUGGAACUGUUAUAUAGCCACGGAUCCAAAAACUUCAUCUGACAUUUUGCCAAAAAAAUUUCAAUUUAUUUCGCAGGGAAGAAAAUAAAUGAAUGUGAAAUAAUUAUUUCAAGAUCGUCUGCUGCUCUGGAAUUAAAUUAUUACAUUUUCGUUAAUAAAAUUCCGUAAAAUAACUUUAGACAUAUCCUGGAUAAAAAAAAUAUUUUAUAACUUUUAACUUUUUCAGAAGAAAAAAAUUAAUAUUUCUUUUGAAUUUGUACUUUACUGGCACUAAGUAAUCUUUAGCAUCAAUAAUCAAAAUUUAGAAAUGCCAUUCUUACAAACUAUUGAAUAUUCUCAUUUAAUUCGUAUAAAUAUCGACAAUCUACAGUUAAUCUUUCACAGAAUGUUUAUUCAUAUAAUAAUUAUGAUUAAUAUAAUAAUAAUUAUUAUAUUAGUGUUCAUUAAUAUAAUAAUUAAUCUUGUUUAUUUGAAGGCAAAGUUUGAUUUUCUUUUAUUGCCACUAAUGUGAUAAAACUACACAAUUUUGAACACGUGCAAAUCAAUAUUGUAUAAAACUAAGUUAAAGGUUCUUUUAACACCUAUUUAUAAUAUAAUAUUUAAUCUGUUUAGCAUCCUGGCAAAGCGAAGAAUAUAUUUCUUUUGGCUUUUCAAUUUUUUUUUUUUUUUUUUUUUUUUGAACACAGCAGAGCAUACUUUCCAGAUUAUUAGGUAAAAUGCUUGUAAAGAAAACAUAAAUUAAUGGAUAAUUUACUAUAAUCUAACCAAUGUUAGUAAUUUAAUUUUAGAAUUGUUCCAAGGCAUAUCUAUAGAGUAUUUAUAUUAACAUCAUUCCAUACAAUAGUAAGAAACACGCAAAAGGCAAGUUGAGAUGUUUUAUUGAAUAAAAUAUUCACAGUCUUCUCAUUCGUGAUGCCAAACGGAUUCUACUUAAUAAGUAUUACUCGCCAUUUUCCGGACAAAGGACUUAGAAUCGCCAUUUCAUCGGAUGCGGACAAUGUUAUCAUAGUAAAGCCCUCUCUUGCAUUCUGCCGCAAUAUUGUCCGAAUUGUAAUUUCAUAGCUUAGUGUGUUUUAGCAUGUCUAAGCUUUUUAACAAAAAUCGGAGGAUUUGUAACACGAAAAAAAAAUGUAUUAUUGCAUUUCGUCUAUUAAUAAAGAUAAAUUUUAUUCGUC